AAAGGUACUUUUUCUGUUAAUUUCAGGUGCCAAAACGUCUUUUCAAAAGCUCUUAGGCUUUUCGCUUAGUCUGGAGGAAACAAGAUGAGUUGCGGUAGUGGAUUCAUGGAGAAGCGGUUUCCCAUAAUAAGGUGGCUCAGAACGUAUGACACCUCCUGCUUUUUCGCUGAUCUCCUCGCUGGAUUAACAGUUGGUCUCACGGUCAUUCCGCAAGGCAUGGCAUGUGCGGUUAUCGCAGGUCUACCACCGCAGUAUGGUCUCUACUCUGCAUUCAUGGGAAGCUUUGUAUAUAUUUUCUUUGGGAGCUGCAGGAACCUGACGAUUGGGCCGACUGCAAUAUCAGCAAUGCUAGUAAAACCAUACGUUGACAAAUUUGGGCCUGACUUAGCAGUAUUGAUUAGUUUCAUGUCAGGCUGCUUCGUCUUAUUGCUUGGCGUAUGCAAAUUAGGAUUUUUAGUUGACUUCAUCUCAAUGCCUGUAAUAAUCGGAUUCACCUCCGCGGGUGCAAUUAGUAUUGCUUCCAGUCAGGUCGCGGCUUUGCUCGGAAUUAAAGGUGGGGGCCACACCUUUAUUGAAUACUGGAUCAAUGUAUUCAAAAACAUUGAAAAUGCUACUAUCUGGGAUCCAGUCCUUGGGUUUACGUGCAUUGGAAUUUUGCUGAUUUUAAAGAACGUGCCAAGAUGGAGUAAGCUGGCUAGUUCAAGAUCUGAAAUGACUGUUGGAAAAAAGAUUUGGAAUGGAACACUGAAGUACCUUUCGCUCGGCCGCAAUGCACUGGUCGUUUUGAUCAGCACUGUGAUUGUGGUUUUAAUCAUGGGAAAUGGGGAUCCACCGGUCGCCAUCACAGGUGAAAUCAAGGAAGGAUUCCCUGAUGUCAGCUUCCCCAAUUUUGAAGUGGUCUAUCAAAAUGAAACACUACCUUUUCAAGAAGCUUUUGCGCAGCUCUCCUCAAGCAUCAUCAUACCGUUUGUGCUUGUGCUGGAUUCGAUAGCAAUUGCCAAAGCAUUCUCAAACGGAGAGUCAAUUGACGCGACCCAAGAGAUGAUCGUCCUUGGCUUGGGCAACAUUUUGGGCUCGUUUUUCCAGUCCUUUCCUAUCACUGGUUCUUUUACAAGGACUGCUGUGAACGACGCUUCUGGUGUGCGAACACAAUUAGGUGGCUUAUUCAUAGGGGCUUUUGUAUUGCUAUGUCUUGGAUUGCUGACCUCCACGUUGAAGUUCAUGCCGAAAGCGACACUUGCAGCAAUUGUUAUUUGCGCCGUGAUGUUCAUGAUUGAAAUUCACGAAUUGUCCAUAUCUCUUUGGAAGUCUAAGAAAACUGACUUGGUACCUCUCUACGCAACCUUCAUCUCUUCUCUAAUCAUUGGAAUAGACUACGGCAUGUUGAUUGGCAUCGGAAUCAAUGCCCUAUUUAUCUUUUAUGAGGCGGCUAAACCGGAUUUGUCAAUUGAAAAAACAUCUAUUUUGAACACGGAAGUGAUUAUUGUAGCCCCUGACAGGAGCAUAACAUAUCCAUCGGCUGAAUAUGUGAAAGAUGUAAUAAUUAGACAGUCUUCUCAGCACUUGGGCUCCGAAUUGUUAGUUGUAAUUGAUGGGAGCAGAAUUUUUGGCUUAGACUCAACUGCUGUUAAGGUUUUGAAAUCCCUACUUAAGGGAUUAAAAACAAACUAUCAUUCUCUUUGUUUCUGGAAUUGGAGCAAGAAAAUAUCCGAUAUUUUUGUGUCAUUUGAUGGUAAAGAUGUCGAAUUGUUUAAAAGCAAUUGUACGCUAGAACAACUGGUAUCAAAUGAAGGCACAUCGGGUCUGACGAGAAGAAGCUCCAGUACCUCAUCAUCAGCCUCUUCUGAAUCGACUGAACACACAUGGCAGAAGAAAAGACUUAGCAAAAUGAAUAUAUCACAAUAAGUUUAGAAUUACUUAUUUCACUUGUAUGCAAAUCGAAAAAAUUAUUUAAAAUUAAAUCAAUUUUUGCAUUUUAAGCGUGCAGUCAGCAGAAAAUUUAUAAUUAGUUAUAAAGGAAUAAAUUUUAAAUACGCGCAAUUUAACAAA